AUAGGAAUAAUUAAGUUAUAACCAUAACCAACCAUAGUUCAAAAAACACAACCACAAAACUCACACAAACAAAAGCCAAACAAAAACCAAACACACAAAAAAAACAUUAUGUGUCCUUCUGGCCGUAACCUCCGUCUACAACCUCCCACAUCCGAUUUCCGUCCGGCGUUCGACGUUCUCGACACCGACUCCGACGGUAAAAUAAGCCGAGAGGAUCUCCGUUCAUUCUACGCCACCAACAGCGGCGGUGUUAGCGGCGGCGAUGACGCGAUCGGUGCGAUGAUGUCGGUGGCGGACACGAACUUGAGCGGGUUCGUGGAGUACGAGGAAUUCGAGAAGGUUGUUAGCGGUGAAGGAGAAAAGAGACCGUUAGGGUGUGGGGCGAUGGAAGAUGUGUUCAAGGUGAUGGAUAGAGACGGUGACGGUAAAGUUGGUUAUGAGGAUUUGAAGAAUUAUAUGGCGUUGGCUGGGUUUGAGGCAAGCGAUGAAGAUAUAAACGCUAUGAUUAGGUUGGGCGGUGGUGAUGGAAACGGCGGUGUUAGCUUUGAUGGUUUGAUUCGUAUAUUAGCUUUUGAUCAUCUUGCUCUGGAUAAUUAAUUGUUAAUAGUAUUUAAUCGUGUUUUUAUGUUGUUAAAAAAAGUUAGUGGCUAAAUUGGUUUUGCGUUGGAUUUUCUGGAACACUUCUAGGUUUCGGAAAUGAUAAUUUUUUUAGGUGAAUUGUAUUUGUUAAGUGAUGAGUGGGAUGUGAGUUGUAAUAAUGAUGAAAAUUACUUAAUAACCUCAAUUAUGAUAGAAUCUAUGUUAUUAUAAAGGUAUCGCUUACGAAGUGCA